UCACCGUCUCUCUGUCUCCCUCUCUCAGUUGUAUGGUGAGAGUGGUUUAAUUCAGAGUUUCAACCACCUGUGACAGCUGCUGUUUCCUCUACGCCAUUCACACAGACAUCACUGACCACAGAAAGAGGCAGGAACAAAAGCCAGACCCAAAGGACUGCUUUUCAUGCUGCUUUCUCAAAUCCUUGCAAGUAUUAGAAGAGGUUACCUCCAUCAUCUCAACACCAAUGUGAGACAUCAGGUCUGUGUGUGUGAGAGAACAGCUACCAGCCUCCAACCAUGCCAGGCCUGAUUAACAAGGCCAAGCGUACCGCACUGCCACUAAGUGUCUCUGACAUCACUUCCUGUGUCCGGGGUUACACCCUGGCCAUGACGGCCUCUAUGACGUAUGAAAACAUUGAGGAUCACCCCAUAGAAGGUAUCUUCAUUUACCCGCUGGAGGAGGGAUCAGUGGUGGUGGGCUUUGAGGCGAUGAUAUCUACUCAGAUAAUAACGCUGCAGAUCAAAGACAAGACAAAAAUCGAGGAUUGUUAUGUCGACUGCUGCCAAACGACCAGUGGAAAUCUAUCGAGCGGCAACGGUCAUGUGGUACUUGAUGAGGAUCUGGAAAGGAUGGUCCUGGUGGUCAACCUGGGGGUCAUUCCAUCACUGGAGUCGGUGAAUGUGUUGGUCAGCACCUCUUAUGAGCUUUCCACCCUUCCAAACGGAGGCAUCCGUGUCACCUCGCCGCCUGUCUGUACUCCGAGGGUCCAACGCUCCGUUAAAGAGGAGCAGGCCUUCUCUCCUAACACAAGCAGGAAGAGAGACAGACAUCACUGCUCUAUGGGGUCUCAUGAGCAGAUGGGCUCAAGCAACCAACUGUGUCUCUCCUGGCUACUGGAGGAGGAGUCGGUCAACUCCAUUGACUACGAGUUCAACUUUCAGUUAGAGAUCAGAGGACCAUAUCUACUGGCAGGUGUGGAGAGCCCUUCUCAUGCCAUCCGGGCAGAUGCUGACCCUUCAGCCCAUUCUGCUACCAGCAUUGUGGUCACCCUGGCAGAAAAAUACACUUAUGAUUGUCCUGUGGAAAUCCUCAUCUACCCCAGUGAGCCCCACCUGCCUCACGUGCUUAUCGAGGACGGAGACAUGACGUUGGAAGAGUAUGACGAGCAUCUGAAGGGGAGGAGUGACUACAUCAAGGCCAUCAAGAAGGACUCUAGCAAUGAAAAGAAAGUGGAUAUCAUCCAUAAAAGGCUCCAUAAAGACGUUCUUCACAACCCUGUGGUUAUGCUUAACUUCUGUCCUGACCUUCAGUCCAUGACCUCUGACCUGCGCAGGGUGCAAGGGGAGUUUAUCUUCCUUAUUGACUGCAGUGGGAGUAUGAGUGGGGUCAAUAUCAGCCGGGUUAAGGAUGCCAUGGUGGUGAUUCUGAAAAGCCUUUUCCCCGCCUGCCUGUUCAAUAUUAUUGGCUUUGGCUCGACGUUUAAACCUCUGUUUGCCACCAGUCAGAGUUAUGAUGAGGAAAGCUUAGGCACUGCGGGUGAAUAUAUAAAGAAGAUGCGGGCUGACAUGGGUGGCACCAACAUCCUGGCACCGCUCAAUUGGGUCCUGAGGCAGCCGGUGCAGCGCGGUCAUCCUCGCCUGCUCUUCCUCCUCACCGACGGAGCCGUCAGUAACAUGGGCAAGGUCAUCGAGCUGGUCCGCAGUCAUGCCCGAUUCAUCAGGUGCUACACCUUCGGCAUAGGACAAGGAGCUUGCAGGCGGCUCAUCCAUGGCCUCGCGACCGUUUCCAGAGGUGCUUCUGAGUUCCUUGCAGAAGGAGAAAGACUGCAGCCUAAGAUGAUUAAAUGCCUGAAGAUGAUGAUGGCACCUGUUCUGAGUGACAUCUCCAUCGAAUGGCUCUAUCCUGAGACCAAGGAGGUGCUGCUGUCUCCGGUGGGGUCGACGUACCUGUUUCCUGGUGACCGGUUGAUUGGAUACAGCGUGGUGUGCGACACGACACGCUAUCACUCCAACCCCAAGUCUGACAAGCGACGGCGCUACAGCAUGAUGCACUCCAACGAGUCGGCCAGCUCCGUGUUCUACCACAGUCUGGAGGAGGAACCAGGGAAGAGCAGCACAGAUGGGCACGGUGCUGCCCGGGAUACAUCAGGCACAAUGUUUGACUCAUACCAGAGCACCAUGUCUGAAAGCAGCCCUGGCAUGGUGGAACAGGAUGGCAUUGGGACUAAUAUGAGCUCUUCUCCGAGAAGGCGUGCGUACAGCACCAAUCAGAUCGAUGACUAUAAUCCCAUAAAGAAAGCCUACACUUCCAGUGACCCGAGCUCAGUGGUGGGGAAAAACCCUCUGAGGAGAUCCAAGGCUCAGGAGCUCAUUGGACAGACGAGUCCAGAUAACGGCGCCCAGUGGAAGGCAAACUAUCAGCCUCAGCUGGCCAGCCUAUGUACCACUUUGUCCAAAUGCCACGGACGCCCACCGCCUGACGAACCCAAUGGAGACACUGAAUCAGAAGAAACCCAGGUGGACCCCAGUAUGCAGGCAGCCACCCGCGGCCACAACAAGGAGAACGGCUCCAAAUCCUCCAGCGACAGCCCUUCCCUGGGCAGCACUGGAGAAGCAGAUGGCUAUUCUCACCAGCUCUGUGAAGCAGAAACGCCUCAAGACCCACAUUCUCCAGACUUCAAACCCAUAAACAAAGGUAAAGGAGACUGCAAAGCAGUUAUCUCGGGACUGCUGUGUGGGAAACCUGUGAAAUGGGAGGUGUGCUUCGACAUCGACCCCUACCUGAAAGGGCGUGAGCGAGAGGAAAAGGUUCAUGAGGAUCUGUGGAACGAAACCUUCCAUCAUUUGGCUGCAAGGUCGAUUAUUCAGGACUUUGAACAGAUGGCUAAUAAAGAGUGUGAGAUUGAGCAUGGUUCCGGUAGACGCUAUCAGCUGUACGCCAUACAGAGUAGCAAAGCUUGCAACAUCCUCAGCAAAUACACAGCCUUCGUGCCCAUUGAUCUAGACAGCAAUGAAUAUUUACCCAUUUCUAUUGACUUUCUUUCUGCUGGGGAAGAGCGGAAGGGUGGCUCACAUUCGAGGCAGCGCUCAGGAAGCAGGAAGAGCCGCGGUUAUCCGGCGGGUUUGGGUCACUCACAGUCUGACUGCCUGGUUGAUGGAGAAGACCAAACUACUCCAACAUUUGAAGACAAAGCCUCUCCUUGUAGCACUCCUUCAUCAGCUGGAUGGGAAAGAUUCAGCUUUACAGAAGCCUCACAGAGGAGUCCGACUGUGACAUCAGACCAUUUGCAGAGAUCAGUGGAAAGUCUCUUCUCAGCCAGGUUGAGCCUCAGUAGAACACGGCUCCUGACUAAAGCAGCCCGGGGCUUUAUGUGCCGUGCACAAAGCAAAGCUGAUUCAGUGGGAGAGAGUGAUAAUGACAACAAGGACUACAUUCCUCUGGUGUCUCUGCAGCUCUCCUGUGGUGCGUUUGUCCUGGAUGCUGUAUUUUGUGAGGCCAUCAACGUCCCCAUGGACAAGUUGAAAUGGACAUCACCGUUCACCAGCCACAGACUCAGCCUCCCGCACCUUUCGCACUCCCACAGCAGCAGGAGAACCGACAGCCUGGAGGUCCAUUAUGGCUGUUCACCUCCACCUAAAGAGUCUGAUCUCUCUGAAUCUGAGGACAUUGCACCUCGCAGCCCUCAAACCGAAAGCAGCUCAUCUGGUUUUGGCGAGGCAUCGUUCUCUCCGAGCUAUUCACAAUCUGACAGCGGACGAGGGUCCGAUUUUGGGAGCUUGGAGACACCGGUUUCACCUGGAGGCACACUGAGGGUGGCGCAAGAGCCAGAGGGCAUGGUGUGGGCUACAGCCGUGGCCUUGGCAUGGCUGGAGAACAACUCUGCGAGCUACUUCAUUGAAUGGGAGCUGAUUGCAGCCAAAGCCAGCUUGUGGCUGGAUGCACAGGUUGUACCUGAGGGACGAGAACUGGCGUCGGUCAAGGCUGCGGCCAAUCAGCUCUUCAUCAUCCUCAGACACUGGGACGAGAACCUGCAGCUCAACAUGUUGUGCUACAACCCCAACAGCAUGUAGAUCUCUAAAGCACGCUUCUGAUUGGCUGGAGAUUUGAUGAAUUUGGGAUUUUAUCCUGUACAGCACCAUGUGUCUGGUUAUACUGUACGUGAUCCAAACUCCAUGCAAGUGAUAAAAUGACUUGUGAUGUAAUAAUUAUACAGUAUACUCUGAGCUCUUGCGCCUUUGCAUUCUUUCCUUUACGGAAAUGAAAACAUCACGUUUUAAUUUGUUCGUCAUAUUAUCAAAAUGCUGCAGUGACCCAAUAAGCUUCUAUGAACACCAACAAAAUAACAUCUAUCAUUAAAGGCUCUGGGCGGGCACAUUAAACUUUGGUGCACCGGAAGAGCGAUAAUUUGAUGGUAAAUUAUUUAUAACAGACGGUUGUGACAGCUGAUGUGGAUUCUGUUUGCACAUCCACUCAGGGAUGUCGGAUGGACGUUGAGGAUGAAGGAAGCGAUCGUUUGUCAAAAAUUCUUUCGAGGAAAAAAAAAAACUAAUCAAGAUGUAACUGGAAUGGGGGAUGUGGCAGCCUAGUGAUUAAGGCGCUGGACUACCAAUCGGAUGGUUGUGAGUUCAAUUCCCAUGUCCACCAGGCUGCUACUGCUGGGCCCCUGAGCAAGGCCCUUAACCCUCAGUGUCUCAAGUUGUAUAAAAUAAGAUAAAAAUGUAAUUCGCUUUGGAGAAGGGCAUCUGUUAAAAUGCUGUAAAUGUUUGUGUUUUGUCUCGGAGCAGUUUUGUAAAUGUAUUUCGAUUUCGUGAACUGCUUCGUUCUUGUAAUGAGUAAAGCACAUCUUGUGUGCCGGUUAAAAAAAAAAAAACAACAACAAAAAACAAGGCUGUUUCAUCGAUGGUUAUCCACUCAACGUUCUUACAACAUUCUGUGGAUAUUCUUGUAAUCGAGGCACCGAAGGAUCGACAAACGUUUCAAUAAAUGCCUGCUUCUGCUGUAAAAGCUAGCAGUAAUACAGUAUAAUAUUAACCAUGCAGUGUUAUUUGAUUUCACCUGGAGACUUAACAAGAUGUCAAAUCAUUGCUGAAACAGCACUUCCUGUCGAGUGCUCUCCAAUCUUAAGUGCCUGACCCAGUCGAACCAUGAUGCGUUAUUUUUAUUUAGUUAUUCUGUUAUGCCACGUGAAGGUUUUCUCUUAUGUGCUGGUUACUAGUGUAAUGAAAUGUAAAUCUGUUGUUGCUGAUUUUGGCCAUUAUUUGAUUACCAAGAAAUAUUCUGCGAUGCGUUAUAGACAUAAAUGGUGGUUGUUGUUUUUUUUAAAUUGAAUUUAUUAUUUAUAAAUAAAUAUUUUCCAUGCAAGAUUGUAACUAUCGCUCAGGUAUCCCUGCUGUGUAGGUUGAGUCCCUGUGGCGAGCAUGAGUCCGUUGAUGCAUGAGUUCGUCCGAGAGUCACUGCCGAUGUGUAACGUUUUGCUCGUGAACGUGAUCGCUGAAAAAACGUGAACUCUAUGUUUGAGGUCAGUCGUGUUUAUCAUGCGCUUUGCCGGCUCGCUGUUGUGCCUCUCGUGC